GUUAGAUGAUUCAAUAAAUCCCUAUACUUAUAAAUUGUUUUCUUUGACUGGGUUAGAUGAUUCAACAAAUUUCUGUGCUUAUAAAUUGUUUUCUUUGACCGGGUUAAAUGAUUCAACAAAUUCCUACGCUUACAAAUUGGUUUCUUUGACUGGGUUAGAUGAUUCAAUAAAUCCCUAUACUUAUAAAUUGUUUUCUUUGACCAGGUUAGAUGAUUCAACAAAUUCUUACACUUACAAAUUGUUUUCUUUGACUGGGUUAGAUGAUUCAACAAAUUCUUAUGCUUACAAAUUGUUUUCUUUGACCAGGGUUAGAUGA